AUGGUAAUACAUGGUAAUAUAUGGGAAUACAUGGUAAUACAUGGCUAUACAUGGCAGUAUAUGGCAAUACAUGGCUAUACAUGGCAUUACAUGGCUAUACAUGGCAUUACAUGGCUAUACAUGGCAAUACAUGAUAAUACAUGGUAAUACAUAGUAAUACAUGGCAAUAUAUGGCAAUACAAGGCCAUACAUGGCAUUACAUGGCUAUAAAUGGCAGUUACAUGGCUAUACAUGAAAGUACAUAGUGAUACAUGGCAAUACAUGGCUGUACAUGGCAUUACAUGGCUAUACAUGGCAAUACAUGGUAAUAAAUGGCAAUACAUGGUACUACAUGGCUAUAUAUGGCAGUACAUGGCAAUACAUGGUAAUACACGGCGAUAAAUGGCAGUACAUGGCUAUACAUAAUACAUAGUGAUACAUGGCAAUACAUGGCUAUACAUGGCAUUACUUGGCUAUACAUGGCAAUACAUGGCUGUACAUGGCAGUACAUGGCAAUAUAUGGCUAUACAUGG